AUGGAGCCCAAACAGGGCAACGAGGAAGGCAGCAAUGGGAAAGGCCAAGCGGGGUUCUUGUGCAGGCAAAGCAGCACGCGGUGGACUCCCACAACCGACCAAAUUAGAAUCUUGAAGGAGCUUUAUUACAACAAUGGCGUUCGGUCCCCAAGCGCUGAUCAAAUUCAGAGAAUCUCUGCUAGGCUUAGACAGUACGGUAAAAUUGAAGGCAAGAACGUUUUUUAUUGGUUUCAGAACCAUAAGGCUCGUGAGAGGCAGAAAAAACGGUUCACUUCUGGUUCUGAUCAUCAUCUUUCUAAACAACAGCAACAACAACAUCCUUCCCUGAUUCCUUCCACUCUUUGGAAGCCUCAAGAUUCCUCGUCCUCGUUCCACAACAGAUACAGACCCAGUAAGGAAUACGUCUCUAUUGCUCCGUCUUCUCCGGUUAUGGUUGCCGUGGGGCAUAUGGGAAAUUACGGAUAUGGGUCUUCCACUUUUGACAACAGUUUCAGAGAGUGCUCGAUAUUGUCGGGAGGAAGUAGCAGCGUAAUUGGGUCUCGAAGCCACAACAUGGGAUCAUGGAUCGGCGUCGAUCGGCGUUCUUCCCCGGCGGCUGAUAUAUUUGAAAAGACAAAAUAUGUUGAAGAAUACAUGGAAGACGAGGAGGAGGAACAAGAGAUCGAAACUCUCCCCCUCUUCCCCAUCCAUGGUGGUGAUCGGAAUCUUAGUGGAUUCUGCAGCAUGCGACAGGAAUAUUCCGACAGCUUCUACACCACCACUUGGUAUGGCAGCUCGGAUGACGGCGCCGCCGGUUCUCGAACUUCCCUCGAGCUCAGCCUAAACUCUUAUGCCACUAUCUCACCGGAUGAUGGAAUGUGAUUAAUCUUAAACCGACAAAGUGGUUUUGUAUUAAUUAUGAUGUUAAUCCCAGCUGAGCAUA